AGUUCACCAGUGUAGCCCUGAGUCAUCUGUCAGCUUGUGGACUUAAUAGUAGUCGUAUCCAAAUUUUUCUUCAUCGUAAAUCAUGUCGAAAUAUGUGGCUAGAGUGGGCCCAGCGGUUUUCUCCAAGCUAGGAAAGUGGGCCUACAACAUGUCUGGAUUCAACCAAUACGGCCUGUAUCGCGAUGACUGUCUGUACGAGAAUGAGGAUGUGACGGAGGCAGUGCGUCGUCUGCCCCGCAAACUGUACGAUGAGCGCAACUACCGCAUUCUUCGAGCACUGCACCUUUCCAUGACCAAGACGAUCCUGCCCAAGGAGCAGUGGACCAAGUACGAGGAGGACAUCAAGUACCUGGAGCCGUAUCUUAACGAAGUGCAAAAGGAGCGCGAAGAGCGUGAGGAGUGGAGCAAAACCCAUUGAUAUGGAAACUUCAAUUACAAUAAAUGCCUAACCAGAACACAAAGGGAAUUUAAAUAAAUCGUUAAUAUAA